CGUACCACACACAAGCACACCGUUCCACCUUUUACCAAGAAGUCUUGCAGAAUGUGUCCCGGGCUGCAGUGGUAAACCAUGUUUCCGUACAAACAAACGCGACCAUCCGAAACGGUGGCACCCCAGCUACAUCCCGAGCUGCACACCAUUUGCCGCACAUGUUUGCAACAGUCAAACGAUACGCGGUCCAUCUUCGACCUGGACCAAACUACCCAGCUUACCUACUCCGAGAAGGUGAUGCAGUGCGUGGACGUAGAAAUCUAUCCGCACGAUAGCCUCCCGAACCGGAUCUGUCGGCAGUGCGUCGAUGAUCUCGAUGUGGCGUGCCGGUUUCGGGCCAACUGCACCAGUUCCAGCGUCGUGCUGCAAACGUACCUCUCGUACAAUGGGCUCGAAGAGAAGCAGCUCGAUAUGAUGCUGCAACCAACGCUUGCACAAUCGGUCCAUUCCGAUCCAGACGAUGGGGAUGAAAUAGCAAUACAUCUCGAUUCCGGUGUGAUGUACACGUACAAACCACCGUCCGGAUUGGACGUGAAGUUGGUGCACCAUAGCGCGGAGGAUGUGAUAUUCAACUCGGGAAAUAUGAAAAUGGAACCUCUCUCCGGGAAUGCGGACGUUCCCGUGGAAGAACCGGUGAAUUCGGUGGCGGAAACAAUGGCGAUGGUUGAACCGAUGCAUCAUUCUAGCUUAGAUGGAAAUAUUACUCUGGCGAUGGAGAGUGCCGAGGCUACGAAGAACGAUCAUAUAGAGUAUAUGUUUGAAGUCGUAAAUGAACCGGAAACUGAUGAAUCGAUGUUAGAACCGGCGGUGGAUGUGAUGCAUGUACAGAACACGGCUACUGCCGAUCGAACGCUACGAAAGACCACAAACAGCAUGACUCCCGACAGCACCAACACCCAUUCCAAUGGCAAACAGUAUUCCUUCGCCAAAAGUACCAACGCGGCCAGUGUGAAAACGUUACAAACCAUCCGCAAAUCACACACACCGAAUGAGACGAAGCCCACGAUCGAGGCGGUCACAACACAGCCAGCCGCCGACGGCAGCGGCGUCGAGACGGUAAUUCGCGUAAAACGCAACCUGUUUGCCCCGAAACCAUCGCUCGUCUGCAAGCUGUGCAACGUGACGUACAAGCAUAAGCACGCGCUGGAAACGCACAUGCGGCGGCAUCGCGGCGAUCGGCCACACAAGUGUGACUACUGCGAGAAAUCGUUCGUCGUGCCGUUCGAGCUGCAGCGCCACAUGCGCAUCCAUACCGGCCAAAAACCGUACAAAUGUCAAUACUGUGAACGGGCGUACUCGGACUUCGGUAGCAAAACGAAACACGAACGUACACACACGGGUGAACGACCUUAUGCGUGCCACUAUUGUGACAAGACGUUCUCAUACUCGCACGUUCUUAAUAGCCACCUGCUCGUACACACUGGCGUAAAGAAGUAUUGUUGUUCGAUCUGUGGGAAACGGUUCACAAAAUCACACCACUUGAAAACCCACUACAACACACAUCCGGUUACCAAGACCGAUGUGAGUACCGCCCAAGGGUCCGAAAUUGAAAUGCCAAACAACGGUAACAGUAAGCAGCAAUCGACGGACGUCAUCUACACGGAGCAGCUGCAGGACGAGUUGAUUGCAUCCAAAGACGAGCAGCAAUCAAGUGGUAACGGUGGUGUUCUGGUUGGUUCGUAUCACCAUGGCACCGGUUCCGGACUGAUCGCAGCAACCGAAUGGACGACAAUGGUGCACAACAAUGGUGGUGGUGGUGGUGGUGGUAGUGCAACAUCAGCGGCAAUCACGACGGAAGAGUUGGAAAACGUGUCAAUCGUGAACUUUGCCGAUUAUAUCAUUAAAAGCGAUGGUCUCGAUGAUCUGCUGGUAGUACAGGACUCGGGCGAUGACGAGCUGGUGGAGCUGGUCGGCCAGCCGAUAAUGCACCGAUGAUGAUGAUGAGUUGGAUGGGUUUGCUUGAUAUGGCACCUGUUAAAAUGGCUGUAAAUACAGUGAACCCUCUCUUAUUUGAAAGGCGAUGGGACUGUCGAAUAAGAGGGGUUUUCAAAUUACAGAGGUGGAAAGUGAAUGAAAGGUCCAUCCAAACA